AUGUCUUGGUUCGGCGUUACCCCGUUGAAGAAGUUCCCCGCGCCAGUGUUGCGCCCCAUGGCUCCGUUCCUGGCUGCCGCCGACGAGUUCAAGAACGACCCCCAGGAACCCCAACGCGAAGGCUGCGCACUAGGCGGUGGCUACGAGUGGUGA